GGCGACUGAACAACCACUUGACAUUUUUUGUUUUAAUGUUCGGACCGCUUGCAAGAGUUGUGAAAGCUGAAAUUAUCUGCAGACUCUGUAUCAAUCAACGCUUCAGCAAUGGAGGCUAGAACAAAAACUGUACAGGGAAAGUCAAAAAACAAACGAGCGAGAAAUGCUGAUGAGAGCGAAUCUCAGUCAGAGGACGAUUACCGAUUGCGCUUAUCUGCGUACGAAAAACAACGACCUCCAAUACCUAUAAUAACCGAUGAUACUCAGGUGACACUUCCCCUCAAAGUCCUGAGUGAAGAAUUCACCUGUCCAGUGUGUCGGAAUAUCCUUCAACAGACAAUGGUAACUGUGGAGUGCAUGCAUCGCUUUUGCUAUGCAUGCAUUAGGGAAGCACUCUUCAAAGGAAACAAAGAGUGUCCUGCGUGUCGACGAGAGUGCCAUUCCAUGCGCAAUCUGCGCCCAGAUACCCGAUUCGACGAGAUUAUACGAAUGAUCUAUCCCAGCUUGGGAUCAUCUGAAACGGAAGACGCUACUGAGCUCGACAGCAUAAUUGCGAGAUCAACGUUUAAUCUCCGGAAAAUGUACGAGGAGGGUAUUAAAAGGCAGGAAAUGGUCCGCAAGGGCCGGGGUGUGAAACGCUCGACUACCGUGGGUGCUGCAGAUUGUGCAAAUGGAUUAGCACGUUCUCCACGAAUAUCACCGGAUGGUCAUGACGAUUACGAGAUAGAGUCUGAAAAUGGUACAUGCGGCGAAUCCAACACGGAGAGUGAUGGAGUUCGUUCUGAAACAUCAGUAUCUGACGCACCAUCGCCUGAGCCUGCGAGUAUUCAAACUUUGUCAGGUCAAGACCAACCCCCGUGGACCAUCGAAGUCACAGCUAUAGCCCACCCCUGUGACAAACGCCUCCCACUGGGUGAAGUCCUGCGUCUACGUACCGAAAACGAAUGCACAGUGGGUCAUCUCUCCAUGGUUCUCCGAGAGUACUACGCGGCGCAGUCGGAUCAAUUUCGCGAUCUGACGAGCGACGACUUUGUUGUUACUUUAUCACGACCAAUUCAUGGGAAACCGCUAGAUAAACAUAUCACAGUUGGUGAAGCAAGGGAUAAGGCUGAAACCGGCGGUGUUCUGCUACUGUACCAUGCCCUCAAAUCUUGAAGAAAUUCCUUCGUGAUAGUAAAUAUCAGUAGCAAAUCCUAUUGACAUGCGUCGUCAAAAGCGCAAGGAAAAUCCAGCCAGCAUAGCGGACGUUGAUGGUUGAACAGUAUUGAAGAUGACUAUCUUUCAAGAAUGAUACUGCUCUCAAGCGGCUGAUGAUUAUUCUAUGAGUAGUAACUCAGUAUAGUCAGUGAUAAUGUUGAACGAACGAGAUUUAGUAAUCUUAUCUGCCAGGGGGUCUUAAUAUAUGGUAUCGUAUUUAAGCUUACAAUAUGUGGCUAGUCUAUCUAUGUACUGUUGCAGGCUGCGAAUAAUUUAAAGGCUUCUGAGGUCUUAGC